AUGUCUUGCUGUGCAUUACAAAUCACUGGGCUAAUAUUUGGAGGUGUGGGCAUGGUUGGGACUUUGGCAGCCACAGUUAUGCCUCAGUGGAGAGUUUCUGCAUUCAUUGAGGGCAACAUUGUGGUGUUCGAGACAAUCUGGGAAGGAUUGUGGAUGGAUUGCAUCAGUCAGCUCGGCAUCAGGCUGCAGUGCAAAUUCUAUGACUCCCUCUUGGCACUUUCUCCAUCCUUGGAGGUGUUCAGAGCCCUCAUGUGCAUUGCCGUGGGACUGUCAAUCAUUGCCUUUCUGAUGGGCAUUGCUGGUGUGAAGUACACUCAUCAAACCAAGGAGGAUCCCCAGGGCAUCAGUGUCUUCGUGUUGACAGCUGGAAUUGCUUUUCUCCUGACGGGUGUCCUCAUUCUCAUCCCAGUGUCCUGGACUGGUGGGAGCAUCAUACACGACUUCUAUGAUCCGAACGUCCCUGUGCCGCUGAAGCGAGAACUAGGAGCUGCUCUCUACGUGGGCUGGGUGAGCUCUGCUCUUCUUAUCACUGCAGGAACAAUGUAUUGUAGCUUCUGGUGCUUGGCUGAUGCAUCUCCCAAAUCCGGGUACCUAUCACCUUCCCGUCACAGAUGGCAGAAACAUGACUUUGCCAGGGGAAAAUCCGUAAGCAUGCAUGCCUAUGUGUGA